UUCAUACAAGCAUUCCACUUGCCAAAUUUUUGUGUGGUUCCCAUUUUUUUCCAUCAAUUAUUUUACAUGAAAAAAAAAUUACUUUCGCAAUGAAACUGAUUUUUAAAGUUCGCUGCUUCUUCUUCCAACGACUCUCUCUAGCCCGUACGGCAGCACAUUCACCACUAUCUUCUUCUUCUUCUUUUCUAGGGUUUUGAUCUCACCAUAAUUCUACACAACACAGUUGAAAUCAGGAACUAUGGAUUUCCUCUGUGUAAAUUCUACACACAAGAGUCAGUUUCUUAUCAAUCGGGCGAUCCCAAGCCAGAGAAGAAGAGGAAGUGACAGGAAGAAAUGCUUCAGAUUGCGAUUUUCAAAUUUCGCUGCUUCGGUGGCCAAGAACGGGGUGAUUACAAAGAGGAAUUCGACGUCCACAGGCGGCGGCGGCGGAGAUGGGAGCACGGCGUUGGUGGUUGGAAAGUCGAGCGCCGCCAUGGAGCAGCUCGACAUCGAGCGUGGCGUUUGCAUACCGUUUCGCAAGUACACUCCCGAUACAGUUAGGAAUAAGGUGUUAGAAUCUAGAGGAGCUGUCGCGUCAUUAAUUCUUCGAGGUGUGGAGAUAGUGUGGAAUUUGGGAUUGUACUGGUCAGCCUUGAUGUACGAUUUCUUGGUUGGAAGGGAUGAAGAGGUCGUCCCAUUUCGAGCUCGGCAGCUUAGGAAUCUUUUAUGUGAUCUGGGACCUUCUUUCAUCAAAGCUGGUCAGGUUCUUGCAAACAGACCUGAUAUUAUUAGAGAAGAUUAUAUGAACGAACUUUGCAUUCUUCAAGAUGAUGUUCCUCCUUUCCCUAAUCAGGUUGCUUUCAAGAUAAUAGAAGAGGAAUUGGGCCAACCCCUUGAAGCUGUGUUCAGUAAAAUUUCAUCUCAGACAAUAGCAGCAGCAAGUUUGGGUCAAGUUUACCGAGCUACAUUGCGUAGCUCUGGCCGGGAUGUUGCUAUUAAGGUUCAAAGACCAGAGAUAGAGCCUAUAAUAUAUCGGGAUCUUUUUCUUUUCCGUACUCUGGCUUCAUUCUUGAAUGGCAUUAGUCUACAGAAACUGGGCUGCAAUGCUGAGCUGAUAGUUGAUGAAUUUGGUGAGAAGCUUCUGGAGGAACUUGAUUAUACUUUGGAAGCCCGUAAUUUGGAAGAUUUUCUUGAGAACUUCAAAAAUGAUCCUACUGUCAAAAUCCCUCGAUGUUACAAACAACUUUCUGGUCAGCGAGUUUUAGUAAUGGAAUGGAUUGAUGGUAUUCGGUGCACUGACCCACAGGCAAUUAAAGAAGCUGGCAUUGAUGUAGGUGGGUUUUUAACUGUUGGAGUGAGUGCUGCAUUGCGGCAGUUGUUGGAGUUUGGGCUAUUUCAUGGAGAUCCACAUCCUGGAAAUAUUUUCGCCAUGCGUGAUGGACGUAUCGCAUAUGUGGACUUUGGGAAUGUUGCUGUGCUUAGUCAGCAAAAUAAGCAGAUUCUGAUUGAUGCUGUUGUCCAUGCUGUAAAUGAGGACUAUGCUGAGAUGGCGAAUGACUUCACAAGGCUUGGCUUUCUGGCUCCUGGGACUGAUGUCUCUCCCAUUAUUCCAGCUCUAGAAGCAAUCUGGCAGAACUCUGCUGGAAAAGGACUUUCUGACUUUAAUUUCCGAAGUGUUACCGGGAAAUUUAAUCAAUUGGUCUAUAAUUAUCCCAUUCGUAUCCCAGAGAGGUUUUCUCUUGUUAUUCGUUCUUUAUUGACUCAGGAGGGCAUCUGUUUCACUCUGAAGCCAGAUUUCAAAUUUCUUGAGGUGGCCUAUCCGUACAUAGCAAAGCGCCUCCUAACGGAUCCAAACCCUGCUCUACGAGAACGCCUUAUACAGGUUCUAUUUAAAGAUGGUGUUUUUCAGUGGAAACGGCUUGAGAAUCUUAUUACUCUCGCAAAAGAAAACGUGGCCAAGAUGAGUAGCAACCCUGCAUUGCAAGUGAAGGACACUCGAACAACUAGAGGCUUGAAAGUUGAAAGUAAAUUGGAUCUCACAGACACCAUGAAAGACGGAGCUCGUUUAUUCUUUCUCGAUGAAGGAAUCCGUCGACAACUUCUUCUUGCUUUGACUGAAGACUCGAAGCUUCACAUUCAAGAGCUUGUAGAUGUAUACAGACUCGUCCAAGAUGAGAUAGACAUAAGGUUGGUAGCCAUGGAAGUUGCAAGAGACUUUCCGACUGUCGUUCGAGAUCUCAUGCUUUCUUGGAGUGAAUCAAUCUUGUCAGACAGAUAGUUAGAGCGUUGGAGUAGCUGCAAAAACCACACCAAUUUUACUAUACUGCAAGAGAAGUUUUGCUUAUAUUUUGGCCAAAUUUUACCAGUUGGAGAACUAGAGCCUGUUGAAUUAAGCUGUAGAUAUUUCAGCAAAUUGUAAAGUUAACAAACAUUUUGUGCAUAUAGAAAAACAAUAUAUAGUAGUUUUGCUUGUACGAAUCUGUGAAGAAGUUGGAGCUUAGUUUCAACAAAUUUCUAUACAAAUUUCAGGAGGGAGUUGGUAACUGGAACCUAGAUCGAACGAAUUGUCAAACAACAUUUCUAGUUAUUAUUAUUUUUGUAA